UCGCACAAAUCUCUUUAUAUUAUGUGAUAAAUUUACUCAACUGCAAUUUAUCUGUAUUCUCAUCCUAUACAGUUUUCUCUUUUGCAUUACAGCAUUUCAUAACUAACAGCUCCGCAAAGCAUUUAGGCAUUAUGCAAAAUCUAACUGAACCUCCGGGCAAUGCAACACCCACCAAGAACGUGUCCAUCAUUGUGAAGGUAUGCGUGGUCAUCCCAUUCUUCUGCGUCUUCCUCUACUGCAUCCUCCUGAUGUUGCACACCUUCGUCUCUCACAGACAGUUCUUCGACAGCUCCCGCUACAUCCUGUUCACCUACAUGCUGGUCAAUGACACCCUGCAGAUGCUCCUCUCCGUGGUGCUCUUCCUCUUUGUCAUGGGUAACGUGAACUUUCCCAUCAUCUUCUGCACCCCCUUGUUGUUCUUGUCCACAGCCACCUUCCAGAACAGCCCACUCAUCCUGGCCGCCAUGUCCCUGGAGCGCUACGUGGCCAUCUUCUACCCACUGCAUCGUCCAGUCUCCUGGAGACCUGAGAGAAUCUGGGUCAUCAUCCUGAGUCUGUGGAUCGUCAGCUGCAUCCUGCCCACGGUGGACUUCAUUCUGAUGCGGCCCAAGGCGGAUGUUGAUGUCCUGUCCACCCCAGUGCUCUGCAAAAUGACAGUCCUCAACUCCUCGCCCAUUCAGACACUAUUCAAAGUGGUCAUGAACGGCCUCUUCUUUGCCCUGGUGGCCGUUGUUAUUCUGUUCACGUACAUCCGCAUCCUUCUUGAGACUCGCAAGAUGCGGCAGGACCGCGUGUCGGUCAGCAAGGCCCUACACACUGUGGUGCUCCACGGGUUCCAACUGCUGCUGAGCAUGAUGGCCUUCACCUUCCCCAUCACCGAGAGCCUGAUUGUCCUGCAUGUCAACUGGCUGCAGGAGCACAUAUCUUUCUUCAACUACUUUUGUUUCGUCUUGCUGCCACGGUUUCUCAGCCCCCUCAUUUACGGCCUCAGAGAUGAGAGCCUGAGGAGCCACAUGAAAAGAGCUGUGCCCUGCUGCAGGGCUCGAAUUAGUCCUCAUAAAGCGACCAAGAACUGA